AUGGAGCCCUUCUCCUUCGCAAGCUCGUCGGCGCUCGAGCUGCCCGUCCAUGUGAGGAUAAACAACCUCGACGGCCACCAGAAGCCUAUCGCAUUCUCUACGCUGCUGAAGCAGCCUGACCCCCACUCGGAACUCUUCGUCACCGCACAACUAUGGGCCGACAGCAAACCACUCACCGUUCCGGUCCAGACCAGCUACAAGUCCUUCAAGUCUAGCCGUACCUGGAAUGAGUGGCUAACUCUGCCCAUUUCGUACGAGACUAUACCACAAUCUUCGCAGCUUGCCAUCACCGUUUGGGAUCUUUCGCCCACCGAGGAUAGCCAGAUCCAUGCUACACCUUUCGGAGGUACCACGAUACCCCUCUUCGAUAAGGACAAUACCCUGCAGAAAGGCAGACAGCGGUGUCGUAUACACCUACGCAAGGCCGCCGAUGGCCUCUCAUCUUCCACUACGCCCCACCUCAUCCCGCCCCGCCGUCGUAGCCGUAGAAAUGGGAAGCUCGCCGAGGAGGACGCAGAUCCGGACAUGACGGAGAUGGAACGACUGGAGGCUCUGAUGAAGAAGCAUGAGAUGGGAGAGAUACCUGAGAACAGGUGGCUGGAUCAAAUGGUGUUCCGUAAAAUGGAGCAGCUUGAGCGCAGCACCUACCGCAGCGGGCCCAAAUACGGAAGGAAAACAGAUGCUCCAAAAACCAACGGAGCAGAGGAUGGAGAGGGCUCCGAUGAGGAGAGCCUCGAUGAGGACAAGUUUUUCAUCUAUGUCGAGUUUCCCCGAUUCGAUCAUCCUAUCGUAUACACCGACCGCGAAUAUCCGGCACCGCCUAUCUCCACUCUUCAGCAAUCAACCUCUCUUGGCGAUGUGCGUCUGAAGCCUCCUCCGGAAGUCUCGUUCGGUCCAGGUAUCAAUGGAGGUGUCGGUGAUGAUGACCCCGAGAUUGGCAGGCUUAUAAGGAUCUACGACCCAGAGGUCGGUAUUCGAGACAACCCGGCCGAGAGCAAGCAUAGGAGACUGGUACGCAACCACCGCACGGGAGUCAUGGAUCGCGAUAUGAAACCGAACGCCAAGGCUCGUGAUGAGCUGAAUGUCAUCAUGUCGUAUGGCCCUACGCAUGAGCUUACCGCCGACGACAAGGAUAUGGUGUGGAAGUUCAGACACCAUUUGACACGAGACAAGCGCGCUCUCACCAAAUUUGUCAAAUCCGUCUCUUGGCAUGAAGCUGGUGAAGCCAGACAAUCAGUGCAACUCCUAUCAAAAUGGACUGAGAUUGACGUUGAUGAUGCUCUCGAGCUUCUCGGUCCCAUGUUUGAUCAUCCUGCUGUCCGUUCUUUCGCGGUGGACCGACUGCGCAAAGCCGAUGAUAGCGAACUGCAGCUCUAUCUUCUUCAGCUUGUCCAGGCAUUGAAGUUUGAGCCUGUACAAACAGACUCAGAUGGCGAACCCACUCAAAACUCCUCUUUGGCCCGCUUCCUGAUCAACCGUGCUUCUGGUAACCUAAGGUUGGGCACAUUCUUCCACUGGUAUCUCAUGGUAGAGUGCGAUGAUCGCAGCCCGGAACAAGGAUCAGAACACCGAAAGCUAUUCGCUAAGGUUGAAUAUGACUUCAUGACGACACUGAUGGAGGCCGAGGACGGUCCAGCAAAACGCAAGGUGCUGCUCAGGCAGGGCGAACUCAUCACCGUCUUAUCUAAGAUCUCCAAGGAAAUUCGGUUCUCAAGGGAUGGCAGGCCGCAGAAGAUCGAGAGCCUGAAACAGUUUCUUGCUGACCCUAAAAACGAACUUAUCACCAUUGACCCGCCUCUACCACUUCCUCUGGAUCCAAGCGUUGAGGUAAUAGGUGUCUUCCCGGACGACUGCAACGUAUUCAAGUCCUCGCUCUUCCCGCUUCUCAUCAACUUCAAAACAACAACGGGCAUGAAGUACCCUGUAAUUUUCAAGACUGGUGACGACCUCCGCCAGGACCAAUUGGUCAUUCAGAUCAUCACACUUAUGGAUCGGCUACUGCGGCUGGAAAACUUGGAUCUCAAGCUGUCCCCUUACCGCAUUCUGGCCACAUCGACAACAGCCGGCGCCGUCCAAUUCGUACCCAGCAUACCUCUAGCGGCCGCCGUUACCAAAUACAGAGGCCAAGACAGCAUCCUGUCGUACUUGCGGGCGAACAACCCAGACGAAAGCUCCCCGCUCGGCGUACGCAAAGAAGCCAUGGAUACGUACGUCAAGUCCUGCGCCGGUUACUGCGUCAUUACCUACCUGCUCGGCGUCGGCGACCGCCACCUGGACAACCUACUCCUCGCUCCCGACGGCCACUUCUUCCACGCCGACUUCGGCUACAUCCUCGGCCGCGACCCGAAGCCCUUCGCGCCCCUCAUGAAGCUGGACAACCUCAUGAUCGCCGGCAUGGGCGGCCCCUCGCAUCCCAACUUCACGGCCUUCAAGAACUACUGCUUCACCGCCUACACGACCCUGCGCAAGCAGAGCAGCCUGAUCCUGAACUUGUUCUCCCUCAUGCGCGACGCGAACAUCCCCGACAUCAAGAUCGAGCGCGACAAGGCGGUCUGGAAGGUCCAGGAGCGCAUGUGCUUGGACUUGACCGAGGAAGAGGCCAUCAGGCAUUUCGAGGGCCUGAUCUCGGACUCGCUGAAUGCGGUCAUGCCGCUCGUCAUCGACAGGCUUCACGGGCUUGUGCAGAAUUGGAGGGCAUGA